AGUGAAGUAAUAGCUAUAACCAAAGUGUUUAGAACAUGACCGAAAUAAAAAUGGCAAUCCUUUACUUAUCUAUCCUCUUUGCAGUGAUAGGUCAAUUAAGAGGUGCAUCGAUAAAUCAAUAUCAACCAUCAUUAAUCACAUCAGCUUCAAUAAUUGAAAAACCUAAUCAUGGUGGCGAUAGUCAUCAGGGAAUUAAUGAGAAGCUAAAAAUUCGACAUAUUAGAGCUAGUGGGGAUAAAGGUUAUUUUCAUGAUGAAUACUAUGUGGACACGGAUUACGCCGGGUAUAAUAAGGAGGGCGCAGCGGUGGGAUAUCAAGACCCCGAUGAUGAUUUUCCCACGGUAGUAUGGUAAACAAAUUAAUAUUGUUUAAUGUGCUGUAACGUCUAAUAGUUAGCAAAUAUCAGUUAUAAAUUAAAUACAAACUAUUUAUAUUUUUGAAAACACAAUAUUUAAUAAAUAUAGAAAUAGAAAAUUUACAAUAAA